UUUACACUUUCCUGAUCUACUGAACACUGCCACUUGCUGCAUUAAAUCAUCAGAAUGAAGCAAACUGUCUGUAACUGUAGGAACCUGUCUUUGACGAUGUUGAUAGGACUGUUGAUGCUCAGCACAAUGGAAAAGUUACCAUUUGCAGAUGCUCAGUCUCCAGUCGACUGUUGUCUUUCAUAUUCAGCAAAACCUUUACCUUUGAGAGUAAUUAGAGGCUAUGUUUGGCAGUAUUCAAAUGAACUCUGCAGCAUUGAUGCUGUCAUAUUUCACACAAGGAAACGCCUAAGUAUAUGUGCAAACCCUAAAGAUAAGUGGGUGCAAGGUUUAAUCAGCGGCUUUCUGAAGAGAGAAACUAAAAAAAAUUGAGAGACCACAUUAUCUCAAUUCCAUGGGAACGAGGGAAUGUCACUUUCUUAUUACAAUGGAAAAAGAUGAUAGUACCUAUUUUUAAUACGUUAUUCUCUUCAGCAUAUGAUGUAUGUGCCUCUCAUCACAUUCUCCAGAGAUAUCAACCUUUUGACUCUGUUAAGCUAUUAAGUUCUGAAAAAUCAUUGUGAAUGUUUUACUUCAACAGAUGUAUGUUAUAGAUCAAUAAACAAUGUAUGGAAACAA